AUAGGCCAGUCAAGGCUCCUUCCGGCCCGGGGGCGGGUUCCGCGCGGUGGCGGGAAAGCGGCGGCCGCAGCGUUUCUGCAGGACGCCGGGGAGCCUCAGGCGCCGGAGAGGCUGGGGCUGACUGUUGGCUCCACCAUGGACGCGGCCGAGGUGGAGUUUCUGGCUGAAAAGGAGCUGGUCACCAUUAUCCCGAACUUCAGUCUGGACAAGAUCUACCUCAUCGGGGGCGACCUGGGGCCUUUCAACCCUGGCUUACCAGUGCAGGUGCCUCUGUGGCUGGCCAUCAACCUGAAACAAAGACAGAAGUGCCGGCUGCUCGCUCCCGAGUGGAUGGACGUAGAGAAGUUGGAGAAGAUGAGGGACCAUGAGCGGAAGGAAGACACUUUUACGCCUGCGCCCAACCCUCACUACACGGAACUCACGAAGCUCCUGCUGAACCACGCCUCGGACAACAUCCCGAAAGCCGAUGAGAUCCGGACCCUCAUCAAGGACGUGUGGGACACUCGCGUAGCCAAGCUGCGCGUGUCUGCGGACAGCUUCGUGAGGCAGCAGGAGGCACACGCCAAGCUGGACAACCUGACGCUGAUGGAGGUCAACGCCGGCGGCGCCUUCCUCACGCGGGCGCUCAGCCACAUGUUCAAGCUCCGCACGAACCUGCAGCCCGCCGACAGCGCCCCCACUCAGGACCUGUAGGGACACCGGCGGGCGGGCUGAACGUGAGGAAAAGCGCCCUGCGGCCGGGAUGGCCUUCGAACGUUCUUGAAGAGCCGCAGGCUUGUGCUCCGUCCCCCGGCCCCUCUGUCAUUGCAUGUCUGUGUCUGGGAGCCGGCUGUCCUUCUAUGGGGACAGAGGCGGCCUUGGCAGAGCCCCGGUCCCCUGCGCGGAGCCGUCCCGUGCGGGUGAGUGGUGACGUCACAUGUUGCUUUGAAAGGACACAUACAGUCGGAGUGGUGAUGCGGCCUCGGCCUUUUCUUUUCCUCUGACCCUGAUCCCCGGGCUCAACCGAGUCUCCUCCAGAGGGGCUGGACCCACAGCGGCUGAGCAGCUGCGUGGCUGGUGCCGGCGACGCGCGUCGAUCUUUUAAGCCCUGCUGCACAAUAAAGGCGCGGUCGGCCCAAAGCUCUGUCGGGUUUUUCCUGCUUAGCUCCCCUGGGGGAGGAGCAGACGCACGGGGCAGACCUGGCAGACCAGGCCGAGUGGGCAGACCGGCACCCCGGCUGUCUCUGGUCUAAAGCGUUGCUGUUGAGCGCGAGCAAAGUCAGGGGAAAUAAUCCGUGUCCCUGGGUGCGUGCGUGAGGCUGAAGCCGGUGCCAGAGCAGGCGUGGGCCCCCGCCGGGCUCAGGGAGGACGCAGGUGAGGGGUCAGUUGACCCCAGGAGGAAAAUGGUCGUCUCGAGCGUUCCAGAACUGCCCAGUUCCUUACCGAGGUGAGAGAGGAAGUGAGUGUCUCGUGGUGCAGUGAGCAGGUUCGGGGACCCGUGGUCAGAAGCGGUAGCAGGCCAUCUAGGGCUUUCCAAAGAGUGCCGUGCGUGACCAGCUGAGCCUGGAGACUCGCUGCUGCUAUUGGCCCUUCAGAGUUUCCGUCCAGACCUGAGGUGAGUGGAGCAUGUGUCCAUUGCAGACCGACCGCCGGAUCGAUGAUGGGUGUAUGUGGACACGGAAGGGCCAGGCAGGGCGGAGCUGGGACCCAGGGGACCUGGUCUCCGCCAUUGAAGAGGUGACAGGACUGGCCUUUUCUCGGAUGCAGAGCCCUUCAGAUUUCACGUGGGGAAUCUGCUAGACGGUGAGGGUUCAGGCGUUCUGCGUGUCUCAGGUGUCGCCCCCUGGCCCCUGCUCCUAAAGACCCAGCCGAGGUAUAGCCGAAUCUGUCUUCACCCUUUACCUGUAAAGUGUGCAAUUAUUGGGCUGUUACUUUUAUUUUUGGGCCUUACUGUAACAUAAAAAAGAUUUUCUCUCUCGAGAUGAUUUAGGAAGAUUUUAUUUUCGGAUGUUGUCAGAAAUUACAGCCAUACGUUCAUACCUACCUAACACUACAGUCAACAAACAAUGUUACAGCACAACGAGCUCCAACAAGUACACUUCCAACAGGCUUAACUUCACAGCAUCUAAACUGCCCCAGAGUGACCCAGGCUCUGUUCCUCCCUCCUCCCGCGUGCUGGGUGUUCUAGCGGCAGGCAGGGCGAGGGUGACCCACGGUGAGCACGGUCGUCCUUGGGUCAGGGCAGAGGUCAGGAGUCUGAGCCAAGCGCUGGGUCAGAAAGCUGGGGACAGGCUACUGCAAGGGCGGACAAAGUCAUCGCUUGGUUAUUGGACGCAGCACAGGGAGUGCUGCUCGGUGGCCAAGAAACACUCGGGGGACCGAGUCGGCUGUGUGGACCCGCUCUACCUGGUGGCGGGUCCGGGAACUGUCUGCCCUCGACAGGGUGGCUGGGAGGGACGGGGAACCCAAUUUGACUUGGGAGAGUUGGCAGCCCUGUGAGCUACCUGAUGAAACUGAAGAUUUCCUGUGAUGAUUGUUUUGCUGCUUUGCCAUAGGUGUGGCUCCUUUUCAUAUUCUCUGCAUCUCCCUGAGGGUAUCAUCAGUUAGAAUGCCAGUGCCAAUUAAGUGUCCCGUUGCCUUUGGGAUACAGGCUAAAGGGUGGCGAAUUCUACCUUGGUCACGUACGUCUGUGUGGUUCUGAUUCUAUGAAACAAGACCUCAUCUCCCGAGGGCCGGGCUGUGCGGUGGCAGGUCUGGGGAAAGGCAGAGUCCCAUGACCCGGCUUUGGAAGACGUCCCUUCGGGGGGCAGGUGGCCGCCGUCUUCCAGGCGCUGUGGGAAGACUCGAGGCCAGGGAGGACCGUCUUCGUGGAGAGACUGACACACGAGCUCCCCCGUCCAACUCGAGACAAAGAGGCGCCCUUCUGACCUCUCAGACUCGCACACAGCCCGACAGGGAGCCUGCAGGAUUCCGCACGCGUCCGACUUGAAGCCCCACCUCCGCCGCGGCCCUGCUCCUUCCGAGCCAGUGCCUUCAGAUCCUAAGACUAGGAAGUGCUAGGAGCGCGGCUGGGCCCCGUGUCGCGUGGGUGCUUCUGUGUUCCAGAGACACGCUCUUGCCUCUUGGUCUCCUCAUCUGUCCCAGGGUUUCUAUCUAGGUUUUGAUUGUCAUAUUACUUCUUGAGCCCGAGACUAUUCGGAGGCCGCCACAGCGAGGUGGCGGGCAGGGAGGCAGGGUCAGGAGCAGCUGGGAGGCGGGGAGGGCAGUUAGCAUCAGCUCAGUGCCACAGCCUCCGCCUGGAGAAGGCACCUCUUGAACCCCUGUACCCCCCACUCCUCCCCUAACAGGAAAGCCAGCCGAGGGAGCUCCCUCAAGGUGAGCUCUGUGCUCUGCUUCCCCAUCAAGUUAGCGGAUCUCCUCCCUCUGCCUUGGGCCAGGACCACCCCCGAGCUGGGGCGCCAAGGCACCCAAAGGCCUUCUGGCUGGAGGGGAGGACGGGGCCCAGGAUGGGACUGCGCAGCCUUCAGACUGGAGACAGCAAGCAGGCUCUACGCAGAGGAAAGCAGCGAUGCCUUCCUGUGAUCGUUGGCAGCAGGGCGCCCUCUGAACACCUGUCCCCACCUGUGGCACGUGGUGCUCUCUGCGUCUGUGCAGGGGAGGCGGCCCCAGAACAGCCCUUAGUUCUGUCGUUUCUGCAGCGGGGAAGGCGCUGGUAGACUGCUGAUAAUACUGGCGGCACUUUCUGUCUGCGUUUGCUAAUAACUGGAAGGUUCCUGGCAGGCAGACAAUGCAAACUGUGUGGGAACAGAGAAAGCGACGCAGCGCCAUCUGCCAGCAAGCUGUCGUGCGCGGGUGCGGUCUGGGGCUGAGGGCACGGCCCUGCUCACUGUGAGUGGCCUUCCUGACAGUCCGCCAGCCCUGGCCCCAGCCCAGGGCAGGGGGCGCCCGCAGUGCAAGGCUCCAGCUUCCUCCCCUCGCCCCCAAGGCUGACUGACCCCUGGCUGCUCUGGUCUCUGGUUCAGGCCCUUCAGGCAAGAGAUGCCUUCUUGAUUGAGCUCAAACCCUGCCUGAACAAGCAAUAAGUGGGCUCAGAGGGAAGCCCCCGCCUCUCCCCGCCCCAGGCUUCACACGGGUCAUCCCUGUCCAGCUGCUCCUGUGCCUGUCACGGCAGGUGCAAGAGGGGGAGACGUUCUGCUCAUUGUUCACCCCACUUUGAGGCUGUUACAAAGCUCUGCCUCUAAAAAAGCCGCUAACGUUUCUACUCUGCACCUGCUCUCCGACUGCUGUGAGACACCCUAGAACCUAGCACAGAAACCGCUCACUUCCUGAAAGGGCCUCUGAGCAAAGCCCGGGGCUGGGUGCUGUGCUGGGCGCGCGUGACGGCACGCAGAGGGCCUCGAGCCGCCCCUCCUCGCUGGACAGCAACGGGCCCCAGGGGCUCUCGGCCAUCCGGAGCCAGGAGGGGCCAGCAGGAGGGAAGCGGCAGCGUGGCGGCUCCACGGCACUUUCUGGUGGCAACUCGGAAAUGAAGCGACCGCAUAGGCGCCAGUGGUAAGCUCUUUUACUUUUCUUCUUUUUUAAUUUUUAAAAACACUUCAGUAUUUUAAUGUCCUGACCAGCAGCAGUACAAACACUAAAAGCAAGGGUUUUUUUUUUCUUUUUUGCCCAGAAAAACAAAACAAAAAACAAACAAAACCCCCAAACAGGAAAACAACAAAAAUCCCCCCAAACCACAUAUUAAAAAUGGCAGGCUUUUUAUAACAAUAAUUAAAGUAAUAAAAACAUACAAAACUUUGUUUUUUAAUAUAUAUACACAGUACAAGGCUGAAGCACCUUUGACUAUUCUCUCAAAAUUGACGUUUGUAUGAAAACACCCCCCACGGCAGGAACGAUCCGUGGCUGUGACUCAACGCACGCACAGAGCUCUGCGCGUGUGCCCGUGGAGUGACAAAAAGGUACCUUCCGUUGGCUGAUGGGCUUUCUCUCUAGGUGAGAGCUUUUCCGGGGAAAAGCCUUGGGCUGAGGCUUCAGUACGGCUGCUUUGUGUGCUCCUAGGACCUGGUGCUUGGAAGGGAAUUUUCCGGAAAAGUAACUGAAACAAAUAAGCCCUUUAACUUAAAACGCACCCCACCUUCCGGGAGCUGGAGCAGGCCUCCCUCCGGCCCCGAGGACCGAGACCCGCGCCCACCGCAGCGGGAGCCGAGCGGCCGCUCCUGCUCCAGACUCCGGAACACACAACCCCAGGGGCGAGAGAGGACCACGUGUUAGUGUUGGUGACGGAGCGUCCGCUUUCAGCUGAACAACGAUGACGUGGGGAAAGACUAAAACCACCUCCAGAAAGAAAAACUAGGGGCGUCUACGUGGCUGCUGGCUGAUGACCAAGACGACUGAAUGGCAUUGGAAGCCGAGGCGAGUCCGUUCUUUUUCUGGGGCCUGGAAUCCUUUGCUUCAUGCAUGGCACAUUCUCAUUGUUUUAAGCUUCAAACCUCCCAGUGAAAAAUAUUAAAUAUUCAAGGUAAUAAAAUAGAUACUAUUUCUCUACUCUAGGUUCGGCCUCGUGCGACGGAGCGUCACCUGGGGUACCCCUUCAAGUAACCCCGGGGCCAGUGCAUGGCCGGCAACGCAAGGCACUUCCGUAAGUGAUCCAGUUCGGCCUGGAGGCGCUCCCUUUCUGAAACAAUCUUCUGUUUCUGGCUCCUCAGCUCCUGGAGAGAAGGAAACGCGUGUAAAACAAACGCCUGCAGACCUCUCUCGGUUGUGCUGCGCGCCUGGGUCCGCGCCCCCGACCUUCAGCACUGCGCAUGCUGGGCGGCAGAGGGCGGGUUGGCCCACAGCAGCCUCGGCCUCGGGAAGGACCGGUCCAGCUGUGCCCCCAAGGCCUGGAUGCCCACAGAAGCAGCUUCAAGCCGGAGGUGCCCACACCAGCCCGGCCCCACAGCCGAGAGACAGCCUGGUUUCAACGAGAGUUACUUCAAACCUUCAAGAAUAAAUCCCUGCUUUACAUGAAGUGUUUCAGAGAAUGGAAACCAGCAAAGGCUACCUGAGGGAUGUUCCAGACACCCCAACAAUCCUCAGAGCAAAACGAAAGAGCAAUACCGGCUGAGGACACAGAGGGAAAAAAGUCUCAGAAGCACCAACAGGUUCAGCACGGAAGGGGAACACCGAAAGGUGAAAAACGGGAGGCUGUCACCUCCACAGGCCUAGAGGACACGCUCGUCCAUUUCCACAGCCACACGCACCAUCCCCGCAGCAGGAAAGGUGAGGGCUUAUCCUUGGAGCGCUUCUCAAGUUUCACCAAGGGGCGCCCCUAUUUGAGCCUGAGGUGGUAGGCAAUGCAGUGUGACUCAAGAAAAAGGAAACGCAUACAAAUGCAAAAGGAAAGAACGAAGCAUAGGUCUGAUCAUCUAUGAUUAUCUAGGGAAUAAGGGGUGACAAAAACUAAAAAAAUCCGCAAUAACUAAGUGAUACCCACAACUAAAUCCACUAUGAUGGAAGUAAACUGCUCUUGGAGCAAAAAUGGGACAGUUGAAGGCCAUGUUCACCGGGGGAAUGGCAGCACUAUCCAGUACGUCCAUCCUCCCUGCGUCUGUAAACUCCAUGCAGCUGAAAACCGAACUCGCGAGUCUUGUGGGUGGAACAAAGGCGGCGAUCCGAAAAUUCAGCAGGGAGAGCCAAGGGCCAAGAUCGGAGCUGUCCGCAAAGAAGUCCGGGUGCGCUGCUCUAGACCCUGGGGCGCUGCUAUGCUCUCGCACGAUCCAGGACAGCGGGCACACCGGGGACGGGGGCACCCGUACAACAGCGGGACGACAGGUUGCUGGGGUGGGGGGGAAAGAGGGCGCUGGAUUUCUACCACAGACUGCAGCCACAGAACGAACUUCGAGGCACAAGAAAAGCAGAACUCCGAAGGUAACAAUUAUAACAUCAUGUCCUUGAGAGCAGGGAAGGAACUCCCCCCAAAAACACCCAAAACCUCAGCCUGAGAAGAUGGUAACACCUGCCCCCCACAAUAAAAAUACUGCUAAAUAUCCUUCUGAUGCGUGUAUACACACUUCCAGAACGAGAGAUUCGAAAUGAGAACUCCAUUUGGAGGAGAAGAGGAAGCAGAGUUGAUAACUCAGGCGGUGGAGGUGAGGUCUGCACUGCUUUUGUUUGCAAGUAGUCUUUGCAACACCGACAUGCUAAAAAUCCCAGCUCCUCAUGACAGGGAAGACAGAGAGCUGGGAGGCGGCAGGAGCCUGGCUUUUCCAGCUGUGGCUGGCACGUCCACCACCUCCCAUCAACCCAACGCCCUGAGCUGCCUACAGGGUGAGGGUGGCGGAGCAGCAGGACCACAGCGGGGCUGAGAGCCAGGCCUCCGAGCACCCGGUCAGUGCUCAGCUCCAAACCGGCCCCCCUGCCCGUUCUGCUAGGGAAGGGAGGGCAGGGGGGCCUGUCUGCUCCUGCAGCCAGCGCAUGGGCCGCAGCCUGUGUCUAUAACAGACGCCUCUGCAGGCAGCGCCAGGAAGGAACAAGGCGCAGAGAAAGGUGGGAACAGAGCCUUUCACCCCAAGCAGAGGCCAUGUGGGCAAGGCGGGUCUCGGCCCCCCUCCAGCGGGGCCUCCUCAGGCUGGGCGGAGCGAGCGCUCCCAGCUGAGGAGGUGGCUCUCUGGUGGCAGACAAGGGCUCUCCUCCCUGCACACAGGUGCCCUUGGGGGAAGUGCCAUAACCCUGAGACUCUUCACACGUCAUGAGGGCUCAGGAGGCGACCAGGCCCGGCUAAGGGAGGCUCUGCGAAGUGGACCAGAUUUGUACAUUCUAGGACCCGUGUAACAGGAGCCUGCCCUCCCUGACAUGGGCAGUGCCUCGUGCCAUCCCUUAGAGACAGUCCCGACGCUGGCAGUGCACUCUGGCACGACGAAGCUUCCUCUCCCUUUGGUGGUGGGCGCCCGGCCCGCUUCCCCUCCCCUGCCUACCUUCCACGUGUUCCUGGUAAGCUUCAAAAAUUGCCUCAAUCCCAUGCCACUUGCGCCGGGGGGGCUCCUCCUCCUCCUCCUCCCCGUCCUCCUCCUCCUCCUCGGAGUCUGGGUCCAUCUCCUGCGCCAGGGGGCCCUUCCUGCCAGCGGGGGGCUCCUGCUGCCCAUUGUGCUGGGGCAGAGGCAGCCUGCUGGAGGACUGCAGCUCGGGAAUGUUGUAGUGGACGGAGGCGUCGACCUUGUGGUUCUGCUCUGCAGACAGCACCGCUGCACCGCCUGGGGAGGAGGAGAAGGCAGCUCAUCACAGGGCACAUGGGGCCCCCGCGCUGGGGGCAGGGGGCGCUGCUGGAGAAGGGGCGGCAGAGUCCGCGGAAUGGCAGGUCUCCCAGCACACACACACACAAAAAGAGGGCGAGGCCUGUACCCCUCCCAGACCAGAUGGCAGCAUCAGGAACCGCUGGCAAGAGCCAUGAGGAGAUAGCAGCAGACCUGCUCGACCAUGCGUAGCCGGUAUGACCUCAGCCGGGCGGGUCUGAGCUUUGACGUCCAGUUCUGUGAGAGUGUGGGUCUGAACGUGGCCCUCAGGCGGCCCUCUGCAAGUGUCCGUCCCUCCUCUCACAAAAGGCAGGCACUCCAGGCCCAGCAUGCCCUCCCACUCGACCAGGACUGGCUGCCAGGGCCCGCGUCCCCAGGGCCCCACCGCCUCACGCACGGCGCCGCUGCAGGUGCACUAACGGGGCAAGCCGCCUCCCCGGGAGGAUGGCACCCUUGGCAGUCUGGGCUGUAGCAUGGCUCAAACGGGCAGGGCCUGGAUGGGCCUUAACAUCCUGAGCAAACUGUCAGGUGUUAGGUUAGGAAAGGGUGCACUGAGCCAUGAGGUCCUCAGGCCCCAGAAAAGCCUCCGGCCUGCCUGGGAGGGGUUAACCGCGGCUUCUAGUCAGAACUGCUUGAAAAGUAAAAUUCGAGUAAAUUCACAACAAACAUCCAAUAGAGCAGGCCUCCUGACCUAGGGAUCUUUCUUCUUUAAAUCUCUACCAAACCACUGCCAUUUGCUCUUUGGGUGUCAUCUCUGCCGACAGCAUUAAUUUACCUGAAGGAUAAUGACAGGGUCAGACCUCUGAGUCUACAACCUAAACUCCCCCCCCGCCCCCCCGGUCUUUCUAGGGCUGCACGCAUAGCAUGUGACAGGGCCCAAUUGGAGCUGUAGCCGCCGGCCACCACCACAGCCACAGCCACAGCCACAGCCACGCGGGAUCUGAGCUGCUCUGCAGCCUGUACCACAGCUCACGGCAAUGCCAGAUUCGUAGCCCACUGAGUGGGGCCAGGGAUCGAACCCGCCCGCUCAUGGAUAUUAGUUGGGUUCAUUAACCACUGAGCCACGACAGGAACUCCCUAACCAGCUUUUGUAAGUUGCAAUAAAAAUUUUUUAAUGCUUGUGGCAUAAUACCCAC